AGACAAAUUAACCGUCCGCGACGAUAGCCUUCUCCGACAAACAACGGCAUCUUCUACACGAGCCUCACAGCCUCGACAACCCAGAUCUCUGCUGCGACGAUCUCGCCCCGGGCUUAUACUAGAGUCGGCAGCGCGCCAUGGACGUCCCGCCGGAAAAAGAUAACGGAAACGAGGGCACUGCUCACAUCGACAUCGUCGACGACCGGCCGUCUCCUCGCGUCGAUGGCGAGCCGAGCCCGUCUCUCAGAGACAGCAAAGGAUGGGAUGGCAAGCUGCGGAUUCCCAAGUCUGCGCUCAUGACCAAUCCCGAGGCCUUGUCGGACCCAGAAUACUCAGACGACAGCAAUGUCCUGCACGGCGAAGAGAUCAGGGCAGACGAGCAUCUACUCGAUAGCGAGGAUUCCGGCACCGAGGAAAUCAUGUGCUCGCACUCUCGCAUCUCGUCUCUACCUGCCCUGCGGCUAGAACGCUUCAAGAACGUUACUCGCAUUUGUCUCCGACAGAACGUCAUCCAGGAUAUCGAAAGCCUCGACAGCCUUGCCAGUACGCUGGAAGAGCUUGAUUUAUACGACAACUUGAUCUCACACAUCCGGGGCUUGGACGGCUUGACGAAGCUUACAAGCCUGGAUCUCAGCUUCAACAAGAUCAAGCAUAUCAAGCACAUCGACCAUCUAAAGGACCUGAAGGAGAUAUUCCUGGUCGCUAACAAGAUUAGUAAAAUCGAGGGGCUAGAAGGGCUUGACAAGCUGAGGUCUCUAGAGCUCGGCUCAAACCGUAUCCGAGAGAUCCAAAACCUCGAUAGCCUAAAAAAUUUGGAGGAGCUAUGGCUGGCGAAGAACAAGAUUACAGAGCUGACAGGGCUUGGAGGGCUCCCCAAGUUACGCCUGCUAAGCAUCCAGUCCAACCGCAUCCGAGAUUUGUCUCCCCUCAAGGAGGUGCCUGGAUUGGAGGAACUCUACAUUGCCCACAACGCUCUCGAAUCCUUGGAAGGUAUUGAGAACAACACCAACCUCAAGAUACUCGAAAUCUCCAACAAUCAGAUUAGCAGCCUCAAAGGUGUCGGCCCUCUGGAAAAUCUCGAAGAAUUGUGGGCCAGCUACAAUCAACUGGGAGACUUUGCAGAAGUGGAGAAGGAGUUGAAGGACAAGGAGGAUUUGACAACCGUCUAUUUUGAAGGAAACCCCCUCCAGCUUCGUGGCCCCGCUCUGUACAGGAACAAAGUCCGGCUAGCACUCCCUCAAGUUAAGCAGAUUGAUGCUACAUUUGUGAGAGUAUAAGUGAGUUUCGCGAUUUGAGUUGGAGUAUAGAACGACAGAAAGGGCUGUCUUCUGGAGGAAACAUUAUGGCGUCAAUCGAAUUAUUAUGUGAUAGCAUCUUUCACUACAACAAUGAAGGCAUUCGUGUCCCGUUUCAUUGAAAUGAUUUGAAGCUCACUGUGAACAAAAUGGAAACACCUACGGUGAAUGAGGAAACAAAGGCCUUUGCCAGCUCUAAUGGUUCGGAAUAUUCUGAUAUUUAUAUUCUAUACAGACUGACCGCCCAGCUAUUCUUUGAAAGGGGGACAAUGAAAUCGUGAUCCUAACACCAACAAAGGAAUUUUACUAGC